CAAGAACACCAAAAAAAAUGGCAUUUCUUCUGAGUUUUGUGACACUAGCGUUUCUUAUUACAGUCAUCAUCUUCUUUUUAUCUUCUAGUAAAACAGCUCAAGAAACCACCAUUUAUGGACCAAAAUCGUAUCCACUCAUUGGCUCCUUACUCUCUUUCAACAAAAACCGUCACCGUCUUCUCCAAUGGUACACUGAACUCCUCCGCCUCUCUCCGUCUCAAACCAUCUUAGUUCCUCUCCUCGGUAACCGUCGCACCAUCGUCACGACAAAUCCAGAGAAUGUUGAAUACAUUCUCAAAACAAACUUCUUUAACUUCCCUAAAGGUAAACCAUUUACCGAUCUUCUUGGUGAUCUCCUCGGUGGAGGCAUAUUCAACGUGGACGGUCACACGUGGAGCUCUCAGCGUAAACUCGCUAGCCACGAGUUCUCGACUCGCUCGCUUAGGAGUUUUGCUUUCGAAGUUCUUAAAGACGAAGUAGAGAACCGUCUCGUCCCGGUGCUAUCCGCGGCUGCUGAUGUUGGGACGACCUUGGACUUGCAAGAUGUUUUGAAACGUUUUGCUUUCGAUGUUGUUUGUAAAGUCUCGCUGGGUUGGGAUCCGGAUUGUUUGGAUCUUACCAGACCCGUGAAUCCUCUCGUGGAGGCUUUUGACACCGCCGCUGAGAUUAGUGCUCGCCGUGCUACAGAGCCAGUUUAUGCUGUAUGGAAAGUGAAGCGUGUGUUAAACGUGGGAAGCGAGAGGAGGCUUAGAGAAGCGAUCAGUACGGUACACAUGUUGGUCUCCGAGAUUGUUAGAGCUAAGAAGAAGAGUCUUGAGAUCGGAACCGGAGAAGAAGCGAAGCAAGAUCUUCUGUCGAGGUUUCUAGCAGCCGGCCAUGACGGCAAAGCAGUGAGGGACAUGGUUAUUAGUUUUAUCAUGGCGGGAAGAGAUACGACGUCAGCAGCGAUGACGUGGCUGUUUUGGUCGUUGACUGAGAACGAUAACGUGGAGAGGAAGAUUUUAGAAGAAGUGGACCCGUUGGUGAGUUUAGGGUUAGGGUUUGAGGAUUUGAAAGAGAUGAAUUACACGAAGGCUUGUCUAUGUGAAGCCAUGAGGCUUUAUCCUCCAGUGUCGUGGGACUCUAAGCAUGCUGCGAACGACGACGUUUUGCCUGAUGGGACACGUCUCAAGAAAGGAGACAAAGUGACUUAUUUCCCAUACGGUAUGGGAAGGAUGGAGACGCUAUGGGGGAAAGAUGCGGAAGAGUUUAAACCGAACCGAUGGUUCGAUUAUGAACCGGGAAGUACAAGACCGGUUUUGAAACCCGUUAGUCCUUACAAAUUUCCGGUUUUUCAAGCCGGUCCGAGGGUUUGUGUAGGGAAGGAGUUGGCGUUUAUGCAGAUGAAGUACGUGGUUGGUUCUGUUCUGAGUCGGUUUGAGAUUGUGCCGGUUGGCAAAGACCGGCCGGUUUUUGUUCCUCUUUUAACAGCUCAUAUGGCUGGUGGACUCAAGGUGAAGAUCAAGAGAAGAAGUCACAUCAUUAAUAACAACGUUUGAUAGAAUUAUAUUAAAACAGUAUGUAUAACGAGUAAUUUAUAGAAUAUACUCCUGCAAAACCAAAAGGUGUAGAUUUGUAAAACACAACAAAACCGGAUAUAACGGGGUAAUGUUUUGGUUCAAUUCCUUGCAGCA